AUGACGCAACCUUUAGCGAACCAACACCUAUUCUUACCAUCUCCUUAUUGUAAAAGUUACGUGAAUCCCAAUAAAGAUGUUAUAAUAUACAAGGACGAAAAUCCUUUGAAGAAAAUCGUUAUAGCGAAUCCAGGUAAAAUUUUACAAUUAUGCGAGAAUUUAACGGAUUCGCACACGAAAUAUCUCGAAGCUAAAAUGAACAUUUACUUUAAAGCCGAAACGGGCGCACGCGCAGUAUUUUUCAUAAAUUUAUUCGACAUUCCGAAUAAGGCGUGCAUUCAAGUGAUUCAAGUUCAAAUAUUGGAACAACCCAUCACGUCCUGUUUAUGCGAAGAUACAAUAAACAAUAUUUUGAUAUAUAAACAUUCGGUAUUGAAAUGCGCCGAGAAACUCGACGCCAAAAUCCAACGUAUGAUAGAAGAAGCCACGUCAGACGAAACCGAAGCCCAAAUCGUCAUAGUACCGGUCAUUUCCAAAGAAAUAAGAACGAACCUACCCAAAAAAUUAAUACCUUGUCCCGUAUAUUUGAUAUGUUUCGUCGAACCGUUAUCUGACGCGUAUUUAGUCAGAACUUUGGUCGACGAAACGAUGAUGUAUUGCCUAACCCCACUUUUGAACACCCGAUACUACGAAGAAGAAAAACAAUUGAAGAUACGCUGUCAAAAUUUACUUUCCGUCACCAGGAAAUUAUUCUCCGAAUUGGAAAAUAUAAACGAAUUAUUGAGAACGGUUAUUAGAGAAGUGACAAGGUUAACCAAUUCCGAAAAAUGUUGUUUAUUCCUUUUGGAUCCCGAUCACGUGAAUAUCGUAGCGAAAGUGUUCGAUGGCGUUAAUCCGAUCGAUAAAAAAACGUUGGUACGCAUAGCCAAAGAUCAAGGUAUAGCCGGCCACGUCGCCGCGACCGGCAAAACACUAAUUAUAAAAAACGCUUACAAACACCCGUUAUUUUAUAAAGAUCGCGACGAAAUCGCCGGUUUCAAAACUAGAAAUAUACUUUGUUUUCCGUUACGCGACGUUAUAGGCGUUAUAGGCGUAGCGCAACUUUACAACAAAAUCGACGGUAAUUACGAUUAUUUCGAUGAACAAAUCACGAACGCUUUCGGUAUAUUUUGCGGUUUAUCUAUUAGACACAGUCUCCUUUAUAAAAAAGUAGAAGAUUCCCAAUCGAAAUGUCAAUUGUCGAAUCGGUUGAUGUUCCAUUAUUUCCAGAUAAAAGAUCAAGAUAUCGCCGAUAUAUUAUUGUGCGAAGGUUAUCACAAUGUCAAAGAUUUCGACGGCUUCGGUUUUAGCGCCAGAAAAGUUAUUUAUACGGAAAUACCGUGUUAUAUACUUAAGAUAUUUCACAAUUUGAAACUUUGCGAAGAAUAUAAGAUUAAAGAUGAAGUUUUUAUAAGAUUUUUGUUGUACGUAAAACGCGGUUACAAAGAUUUGCCGUACCACAAUUGGAUACACGGUUUCGCUUGUACGCACUUCGCGUAUUUAGCCGUAAAACAUUUUCGUUUAGUCGAAAAAGGUUAUUUAUCGAAACUGGAAUGUUUGGCUUAUUUGAUAUCGUGUUUGUGUCACGAUAUCGAGCACAAAGGUACGACGAAUUCGUGCGAACCCCAAACUAAUUGUCUAUUGGCGAAUUUGUAUUCGAGUCGAUCGUCCGUUAUGGAAAGAUAUCAAUUAUCUCAAACGCUACGUAUACUAAAUUUGGACGGGUGCAAUAUUUUGGAAAAUAUCAACAUCGCCGAUUACGGUAAAUGUAUAGAUUUGAUGAAAAACAUGAUUCUGGCUACGGAUUUGGCGACUCAUUACAGGAUACAUUCCAGACAACUAGUUAUGGCUACCGAGGGUUUCAACUACAAAAACCCGGAGCAUCGUUUCUUAUUGUGCAGUUUAUUGAUGACUUGCGCAGAUUUGUCGGAGCACGCGAAAGAUUGGAUGGAAACCAAAAGCGUCGCUCAACUUUACCACGCCGAAUUCUUCGACGAUUUAAGCGAUAAAUUGAUCGUGAAUAGAGACGAUAUGAACGGAGAUAAGGAAAAAUUAUCGAUGCCGCAUUAUAUGUUUGAAUUUUUGACGGAUUGUUGUCUUUGCGUUUUUAGAAUUUUAAGUAAAAUGUUUCCCGUAGCGGAGUGUCUAGUCGAAGCCGUGCUUCGAAAUGUUACGUGUUGGGAUGUGGCGAAGGGAGUUUUCGACGCUUUAUGUCUCGACGGUGGCACUUCUUACGAAAUUUUGAUCAGCGACGCCUUCGAAGACGGAGUCCAGAAGGCCCUCGUCGAUUUGACCAUCGAAAAUGAAAAUUCGAUACAAAAUUGA